GCUAUUACCAUCAUGUGCCUCAAAUUGCCUCGAGGCGGCGAGUCUCGGUCUGAUCCUACCCGCGUCACAACUUUUUCCUAUAUGUACACCUGUUUCCCCCUCCCGACUUUUCCCAAGUUGCCAUGUCCCAACCCUGCGCGCAGGUCGUGGCGGUGGCACCUCGCCCUGCAUUGCGCGAACGUGGAGGACAACCAUCAAGUACUCCUGCACUCGUAGCAUAUUCCUCAUCUGUCCAUGCUUCUCGUCCACUGCGCUCUUCCCCCCUCGCAGGGCCAGCAUUUUCUAGUAAUCCAUCCAUCGUGUCCUUAGAGUCUAGCCAGUCCCAAUGCCCAAGUGCUUUUAGCCUAGACGUUGGCCCGUAUUCGCGCUCGCAACCGUCAUCUGUCAUUUCUCACACCGGUUCUAUUUCGGCGACCACGUCUUCGCAUGCCCACCGCGCACCCGGACCUUUGGCAGGACCGUCAAAGAGCGCUGGAGCUAUCCCCACACUCAGUGUAGACGCUCGCCCAUAUUCGCGCUCGUCGCCCUCAUCUGUCAUUUCUCAUGCUAGUUCCAUUUCUGCUAGCUCAUCCUCGUUUUCCUCGCAUGCGCGCACAACGGCACCAGUCAAGAGCACUAGUGCUAUUCCCACCUUUGGUCUGUUCCGACGGCAGGCCAAGGAUGAACCAGUUGUUCCACUUCCUACCCAAGCACCGUUCAACCACAGUCGCUCAUCCUCUUUGCCAUUAACAACCCCCCGGCCAGCCCAUAUCCCACAAACAUACUCACCGAGUACUUCUCGGCCAUCCACCUCCCCAAAACCUUCAGUGUCCCGAAAUCCGAAUGAUAACUGGAUGUCAUCUUCUCCAUUUGGUCCUGCGUCUACGCCCCGCUUUUCUAGGCAAUCGAUGUCAUCAAAACCAGUGGUGAUGCCUCUGAGCGCCCGGGAAUACCGCAGAAGAAAAUGCGUUAGCACGAUGACAAACUCUUCGGCCACAUUUGGCUCGCCGGUCACCGAGGGCAUUGGCAAGGAAGAUGUAAAUUCUCUACCCCAUAUCAUAAUCUCCGACUCUGAGGCUCCCGGUGCUUCUCCUUCCGUUCCCCCAUCCGGGAACAGGUCUUCCAGGCGUGCCUCGUCUCCUACGCUUCCGCGCUCACGGGACUUCCAAUUAUCUCCCUCCCAGGGUUCUCGGGAACCCGCAUUAUCCGAAAAAAGUUCGAUCAGCACGUUCUUCUCGUUAUCUGAGAACGAGGCCGAAAGUGCCGUCAUCACUGUAGUUGAUCCCGGCGUAACACCACGCCGGAGGAAGUCUUACCCCAACCCAACUCAGCGUCAUUCACGUAUCAGUCUCGUGGAUGCUGUCAAUCGCCUUUCGCAGAUCAGCGGAACGAGUGGAGAUACCAUGUUUUUCGAUAUGGAUGACGGGCAUAGCCCUCGUCAGAGACAGAUUUCUGUCACGGAGGAUGAUGGGGUGCUCAGAAGGGCGAGCUCGCGAAGGAAGAAAACCGAUGUGCCUUCCCGCGAACCACCACCAAUGGCGGACGCCGCGGCAGAACCUAUUGCACCACAAGAACGCACUCGAGUGGUCAGGAUUCUCGAAGCCAACGAAGUUUCGUCUAUUCCCGUGCUUGGCAGCGGGUUUUCCGACAUAUCCCAUGACCAUGAAAAACUUGUCUCCGGUGACACAUCCACCGAGCGGGCCGCUUCUUCAUCGAAUAUAGACUCGAAGGCGACAGGCACUUCUUCCACUGAGGUACAAGUUAGAUCUCGCAAGAAGCUUACCAAAUCUCGAACACAAUCCGUUCAGGCACCACCUGCGCGAUUAACUACCCCAUCAUUGCCCUGGAUUCCUCGCCCUCCUUCGCCGUUCUUCAGGGGUAGCUCAAAACAAAACUUGCCAAAGGCUUCCACAUCGGAUGUGACGCUGCAGGAGAACGCUCCACAGACUCCAGAGAUAGGAGAUAACGAGAAGGAGAACAAACGCCGGGGUCGUCGAUUAACGUUCCAGUUCAUUCCCUCCCCCUCCUUUCAAAGACGACCCAAGUCGGCUUCAGGCAUUCCUGCAAGCCUUGACUUGAAGUCUCCCGUGAGGAAUGACACUCGAAAAAGGACGUCCGAGUCCCGGUUCGGAUCAGAUAGUGCAUUGAGUAGCCUUACAGGUAGCGCAACUACUAUCACCCUGAUGCCUCCCCCCCCUAUCACAUCUUCUUCCAGUGUAUCCUCAAGUGCGGGAAACUCUACUUCAAGCUUGACUGAUGGCAGCAGCACGACAAUGGCGUCGCGGGGAACCAGCGCUACUUCUGUCGUUUCUCCGAGUCUCCAGACCCUUUCUCGCGGCGUAGAAUAUUCCUACCCCAAAGUCCCGUCAAAUCUGAAGAAGAGCAUCGUAGCGCAGUCGGGCAGUGACGCCGAUAUCGACGAGUCUGCGACCCAGCAGGAGAACUUGAUUGAUGCAUCCAAAACUUUCGUCGACCCCCCUAGUGCCUCACAUGAUCAAGAACUACAAGACUCUUCUUCUUCUUCUUUCAUCACUGUCUCCUCCUAUGCCUCUUUCACCUCAUAUUCGACAUCGGUCUCUGUACCUGCUGCUCUUGAUGCCAGAAAUGCGCCGGGCUUUCUUAAACACCGUGAUCAAGCAUUAGAUCCCAAUGCACAUCCUAUGUGGACAGUCCCUAUGGUCACGGUCACCGCUGCCUCACCAACUACUCCUCUACCACACACUACAGAAACCUCUCCGACACUUCACGAACCCUCUGUACGACCCUCUUUCCUGGCUGUCCCCGUCCACGUCCCUACCUCGAGGUCCACAGCACGCCUGAAGCGCCCGCGCCCACGCCCACGCCCACAGACGGCACCUGGUUCUCCCACCGCGCCACACUUUCCAACUCCUCCAUCUUCGAAAUCACCGCGGGCUGCGGGAACGUCGUCAGGGUUCAAAUCUGUGCUCCGCAGUCUCCUUGGUCGCGCAGGCUGACGUAUUCAGGGAUAUCUUUGAUUCCAGCCAGAAGUUUGAUGCUGAUUCACCGCUAAUGUCGUUAUCGAAAAAGACGCCUACGCCAUGUUUCAUGUGGGUGUGGUUGUCGAGAUACCUGCCCCCUAUUUCGUUUUGGGAUUUAUGGUCACCGGUCUUGGGCAUGCGAGUAUGUCAUGUUGCUUCUUGGGAAGGGGGACUGCUUUCUUGGACUUGGACGUAAUUGAUAUUGAUGUGGUGGUCAUCGGUUUGUUUACAUACAGUACUAGAACGUUUUUAUCUGGCUACUUGGACGAAACGGUGAUGAUAUCUUGGAACUACUGAUAUUUAAUAAUAUACGAGCGGAUGCAAGAAGCAAGAAUCUUGAAUGACGUGCAUACGGGACGGUGUUCCUCAGAUGCUGAC